AUGCUGACGUCGCAGCCCUGGGAGCGCAGCGAGGCCGCAUCCCUCACAGGCGCUUUGCCGGGCCACAGCACGUCUCCAGACCUCGUAUCUCCCCUGUGCCACGCUGCCAGCCCCAUUAUCCCUGGCCAUGCAAGAAGGGCAGCACUGUAUGCCCCCCCAGCGGAGAGGAAGCGGUUUUACCAGAACGUGAGCAUCUCUCAAGGAGAAGGAGGCUUUGAAAUAAACCUGGACCACCGAAAGCUGAAAACACCCCAGGCCAAGCUCUUCAAUGUCCCCAGUGAGGCCUUGGCCAUUGCGGUGGCAACAGAGUGGGACUCCCAGAAAGACACCAUCCAGUUCUACACCAUGCACCUGACCACGCUGUGCAACACGGCGCUGGAUAAUCCCACGCAGCGAAACAAAGCGCAGCUGAUCCGCGCGGCUGUGAAGUUCCUGGAGACUGACACUGUCUGCUAUCGUGUGGAGGAGCCGGCUGCCUUGGCAGAGCUGCAGAAGAACGAAUGGGAUCCCAUUGUCGCCUGGGCUGAGAAAAGGUACAACGUGGCGAUCGGCUCCUCGACCAGCAUCCUGGGACCAAACAUCCCAGCCAGCACCAAGGAGACCUUCGUCAGCCAUCUGGCGUCCUACAACAUGUGGGCCCUGCAAGGUAUAGAAUAUGUAAUCACCCAGCUGAAAUCUCUGAUUCUGUCCAUGGGGCUGAUUGACAGGCACAUUACAGUAGAGAAAGCCGUGCUUCUGUCUCGCCUGGAGGAAGAAUACCAGAUUCAGCGGUGGGGCAACGUGGAGUGGGCCCACGACUACGAUCUGUGCGAGCUGCGUGCUCGCGCGGCAGCUGGGACUCUCUUUGUUCACCUCUGUUCGGAGAGCUCGACGGUAAAACACAAGCUGCUGCAGGACUGAGGCUGCUGGGCCAGGCGCGGGAGGAGAAUACCCAGCUGUG